GCUAGAAUCUCAUCCCAUGAACUCAACAACAAAUGCCAGACGCAAUUCAAAAUGGGAGCCUCUGACUCGAAGCUGGUGUUCAAGAAGGGCAUCUUUAGGCUCUCCGAGGACAGGAUCAUCCCCGCUGAUGAUCCAUACUGGGCAUCUUUCUGGGAGCUCCCAGAAUCCACCGAAGACAUCUUCAGUCUCUUCUCUCCGGCGGAUAUACGGCGAACGCGCGAUACAGCUUUAGAGAACCUCGAAACCCUCCUGCUGGCGGUAACAAGUCGCCUGUUCAUUCUACGACAUCAUCCCUCAUUCCCGGAUCCAGAGUUCGCGCCAGAGCGCGAUGCGCUGAAUUGCAUACGAAUUCUCACUAGAAUCUUACCAUAUAUUUAUGAGGCGGAGAAACUACAAGCAUGGGAGGACAAAUUCUUUUGGAGUGUGAGGCGGAAACGUACUCGAAAGGCAGCUCUGGCCCGCGAUGUCCUAUUCGAUGAGUCGCCCGAGGAGCAGGCGAAACUGGAAGCGGCUGGAGAAGAGUUUGAGGAGGUCAAGCCCUUGGCGGAGGAGCUGAUUGACACCCUGAUGGACCUGCUAUUCUUCGCCGAUUUUACGCUGCCUAGGACACAAAACAGCAAGAGUAAGGUUUCGUAUGCGAUUUGGCAGAGCGGAGUCGGAUGCAAUACAUCUGUCGGGACGAGCAAGGAGUUCGAGAAUAACCGUAUCGAAAUACUUCGAUUGCUAUUGGCCUUGACGAGUCAGAGCAUGUACAUGUCUCCGACCCUGCUUCCGGUCAAGGGUGUCAAAGCUAUUACCUAUAUUGUCACCUGCCCGGACAAACAAGUAGUUCUGUCGGUUCUCUGCUCGUUAUUGAAUACAACCCUGAAGUACAACCCAGCAAGCUGGAAGGUACCAUAUAAUGUGCAAGUCUUCAAGGACCCGAAGCAGAUAUUGGUCACCUAUGCGUUGCAGUUCCUAGUUGUCACUCUUCUCUACACAAUACCGGAGGGGGAUCCGGCCCACACAAAAAAGAAUUACUUUCGCCAUUUUCUUGGUCGGUUACAUAGACCGCAAGACUUCCAAUUCAUUGUGGACGGCGUGACGAGAAUCCUGAAUCAGCCAUUACAAGCAAGCACCUCCUAUAUCCCAACUAAUCAGUCAGGCGCAAAGUGUUCAUCGGAAAUGAUCAUGCUCUUCUGGGAGAUCACUCAAUGCAACAAACGAUUCCGCUCCUUCAUAAUAGAUACUGAUCGAUCACAUGACUUUGUCGUACUCAUUCUAUUCUAUGCCCUUGAAUACAAGCUGGACGCAUCAAAACGAGGAGUCGUAAGGAUGUGUGCUUUCUUGUUGCAGACAAUGAGUGUGGAACCAAAUUUUGGGAAGAAUCUCAACAAGCGAUUCGAGGCCCAAGAUACCUUACCAGCCAGCAUCAGGAUCCCAUCAUUUAAUGGGACGUAUGCCGAUUUCUUAAUUCACUCCAUAUACAACAUAAUCACCACAAGUCAGGGGAAACUUACCGCCAUCUACCCUGCCUUACUAGCCGUCAUUAACAACAUUGCCGCCCACCUCGAACUCCUGAGCGCUUCGGCUUCAUCCAAAUUACUACAGCUCUUCACCUCGAUGUCCUCACCAGGGUUUUUGUUGGCCAAUGAUAGCAAUCAUAAUCUUUUACAAUCUCUGUUAGAAAGUAUGAAUGCUAUCAUUGAACACCAAUAUAUCAAAAACCCGAACUUUGUAUACGCUGUAUUACGAAAUAAAAAGAGGUUUGAGGCAUUACGAUCCUUUACUCUUGAGAGUGGACAGGAAGAACUCGAGCAACGUAACAGGCGGCGGAAGGAGCGCUCUGCCGACCCAUCAGAGUUAUCGUCGCUGGACAGUCGAAGAGGGUCUGCAGACAGCGUAAGGAGUCCAUCGACGAGUCAUCAGCGAGCACCAGCUCUUAGCGAUGUGCCAGAGGACGGGGCGUUCGCCAUCGGAGAUGAUGAGGACGAUGAUACCGAGGAUGACAAUCAACCAACUCCUGCAGAAUCAACGGCAAGCAAACAGCCAUCUAGUGGUUCAUCAGUCUCAUCCAAUGUAGAUGAUGCAGUCCCAACUCAAUUGAGAGGGAUGUCAGAGAAGGCGAGAGGGAAAAUGCCUGCUGGUAUGCCCACAUUCUCGAGACAGAGCAGUACCACCAGCUUGGGCAGCUAUACUCCAACGGGCUAUUCUACCAACGGUACCUUUGAACCCACAGCCGAAUGGAUAGAUUCAUGGCUCACAGAUUUGCCACUCCAUACGAUCCUAACUCUCAUUGACCAAGUUGGGCCUUUACUCCGACGAGGAGACGCCCCGAUGGAUACGCCAUCAACCAACGUGUUGCGUACAAUCCAACGCGCUCAAAUUAGUGGCAUAGAACCAUCACCCAUCCGAAUUCAGUAUUUUGAAUGGUCGCCGCUGUCUAUGGGCUGGUACGAAUCAUUACUUUGGGGAUUCAUCUUCGCGAGCGAGAUGCAGGUCGCUAAAGGCACCGUUGGGGUCUGGAACGGCACUGGUAUCAAGCUCUUCCGCGUGGAGACUGUGGCGGCACACGGGCCGACCUUAUCCUCGCCGCGCGGAGCAGUAGAUGCGGUCGGGAGCAAUAUCGUCUCUCGGAUCGGGAGCAUCAAUCUUCGUGGGGUCAGCGGGGACGCGCAACAAGGCAGCGGCAGCGGCAGGCCAGGACCCGGGACAGGGACCGGGACCGGGACGGGGGGAGGCGGCCGGAGUGCGGUGAUCUAGGCGUCUGGAUAAUGAAUGAAGCUCGUUGCUCGGAGCACAGUGUUUGCAUUGUCGAUGAAAGUUUAGCUCAGCGUAGGCGUUACAGACCCGGAAGCCAUUGCUCAACAGAGACCAAAACCAUUUCAUUCUUUCACUCUCUGGACCUGCGGCUCCUUGACCCAGAUCUCGCGCUCUCCC